AAGCAUCUAGUCAUUCUAGUGCAUAAAAAGGGCAGGUAGUAAACCUGAAAUUAUGAAUAGGAAAUCCGUUGCCUCAUGACUCGGUAUAUACACAUAGUUCAAUGGAAAAGACAGGCUGAUGAGCAAUGCUGUAAAAUGUUCAUCUUUUAUGGUAUAGUCACUAGUGUAAUAUGUGAUUUUAGCAGCUGGGCCAGACAUGCAUUUAUGUAUCAGAAUAUGAAAUAGGCAAAAACGUUCAUAAAAUUUCCGAUGUAAAUGUCCGUCAUGUAACUAAACGCUAUUCAGACAAAGCCCAGUAUGGAUCGCAGAUUAUUUAGCGGUUGAGUCAACGCACGAUUUGACGUACCCGCAUUUGAAGAGGAUUUUGUUGGUUUAAUACGCUGAGUCUUGCUUGUUGAAAAUUAGGUCGUCGUCUAUUGUAUCAUUUGCUUCUCCUGCAUGAUAACCUAUGGUAUCGAAACAUUCUUGUCGAGCGUUUGUAUUACAAACGCAUAGAAGCCUUCAACGUAAGUCAAUUUUUAAAACUACUUAGUCUACCUUAACUAGAAACAUUCGUGGAUAGGGCAGACUGAAAGAAUGCCGGGUCGUGAGACAGAACCUCUUGUUACACUGCCAUUACAAGGCGACUACAAUGACGAAUACACAACGCCCGUGUCAGAAUCUGAUAUGGAAGCAACCACUCCAGCAAAGUUAAUUUCAAGAAAAGAACCUCAAAGCAACAUAUCAUUAUGGGAUGACACUGACGUUAGACAAAAGCUGCUUCUUAUGGAUUUGAUGCUAAUGGAUUUUCUAACGUUAUUUUCAAGUAGCAUACCGAGUCCAUUUUUUUCGCGAAUAGUAAUCAAAAGAGGGGGCUCGAUAUUGUAUUCUGCUCUCAUACUCCAAAGUCUGAUGUUGUCCUUUUCAAUUUGUUGUGUAAUUAUCGGUAAAUACCUCCCUUCUAUGGGAAUCAAGAAAAUGUUUGUCGGCGGAUUGGCAACAUUUGGCUUGUGCCAAGUUAUAUUCGGAUUAUUGCAUUUUGUUAUGGAUAUCAAAGCAUUUACAGGAUUAGGAAUAUUGAUACGUGUCUUGCAAGGAGCUGGGGAAGCUGCAUUUGCAAUAUCUUCAAUGAGUGUAAUAUGUGAGGAAUACCCAGCCCACAUUACCAAAGUUUUUGGAUUUACGGAAGCUAUGGUUGGGGUAGGUUACCUCAUGGGACCAAUUUUUGGAGGUGGGAUGUUUGACACUUUAGGCAUGCUACUGCCUUUGGUACUUUCGGGAGGUAUAGUCAUAUUAUCUAUACCAUGUCAUUUCUUUUUGUUACGGCCAUAUACACACGAGGAAACUGCAGAAAGUGGGGAGUUCAAUGUAUUGGAUUGGUUAUCUAAUCCUUACAUAAUUUCUGUUUUGUGUUCAGUGGCCACCGUGUUCGGAACAUUUGGAUACAUUGAUGUUGCAAUUACUACUUACUUGGAAAAACUUGGAUUUACUGUCACAACCGUAGGAUUGGUUUUGUUCACCGUCGGACUAAGUUAUUGCAUUGCAGCAGCUUUGAUAGGAUAUAUUGUUAGUUUCAAAGUAUGGGUGAGAAAAGUAUCUAUGACUGUUGGAUUCAUCGGAUUUUCUUUAGUCCUGAUGGUGUAUGUUCCAAAGCAAUUGACGUUCUUAAUUUAUGUUGGGUCGUCCGCACUGGGUAUAUUUGGCGCCCUAGGCACGGUACCUGCCUUUGAAGAUUUGUUGCCAAGUGAUAGCGACCCUAGCUUAGAAAUACAUAGUGCAAUUUCGGGUGCUUGGUAUGGUUGCAUCGGACUCGGCAUGUUCGUUCUGCCACUAAUAGGCUCUGCAAUUCACAAAGUUUUGCAUUCAUUUUCGUGGGCUCUGUUUGUAUUAUCUUGUAUUGGAUUUGCAAUUACUCUGAUUUUAGCUGGAUUGGUAUACUUCAUAAAAAGAGUCAAAAGUUCGUCACAUUUAAACGAUUUGGUUGAUUAAAAGACAGCGAAAUGAACUUGCUCAACAGCUAUAAUACGAACUCUGCCAAUCCACUGUCACUGCCAAUCAUCAGAGAUCCGGUAUCAAUUCAACACAAAAAAUUAACUCUGAAGACAGCUUUUAGAGCUUACUUGUCCUAAUAUAGAUACUAGUGUGCAACAUAUGGUAGCAAAAAUAUACUCAGCAAAUGUAGUGUCGCUCCAAACUUUUUAUUUUCAAUUAUUUGAUUUAUAAUUGUGAAGUUAUGAACUAUAUUUGCUAGUUAUUAAGUGCGUCAAUGUGUUUCAUCACGUGCCUAAUAUUUUGGUCUAUACCAGGAGCAUGCAUGUAUUUUAAAAUUUGACAAAUGUCAAAAUAUUAGACCAAGCAUGACUUAGUCCGCUAUAUCAGGGAAGCCUAUCAUUAUAUUUGGUAUAAAAUGCUACAAAAAAUAAAUCGCAUUGUCAACCAGGCAAAAAAUAGUUGCAAAUGAAUAAAGAAAUGUGGUAUUAAAUCUGGUUCAUAAUACAGGAGUUCACGGAUUUUACAGUAUUCACUUGUAACUGCAAAUAUAUACUAUAAAAUAAAAAACGUACUAUAUUAAAUAUAAUACAG